AUGUCUUCCACCGACACCUUCACCAUGUUUCCACCGGGAGGAACUAGAAUGCCCAGAACGACAGGCCCGACCACUGCUUCAGUGAAGUGCAACAUAUGCCACAGAUUAUAUUCACGCAAAGAUGUCCUCCAACGGCACAUCAGGAUGAAGCACGAGGCCAACACCCACUUGAAAAAGCCGAAGAAGACGAGGAGGAGGAGCUGUAUCAGAUGUGCAGUGCUCCGUGUCAGCUGUAGUCGAGGCUCCGUCUGCGAUCGAUGUGCGGAAAGAGGCCUGCGAUGCCAAUAUGAUUUUCUCUCCGAAGACACAUCGUCUUUUUCCGAGCAGAUCUCGGGGUUUGGGAGGGAAAACGACCAGCCUGUAACCAACAGAAGCCCACGUAGCUCGAGACGUUCUCCGUCAGAUCGUUCGCCUGAGACAGACGCUGGAGAGGCCAGCUUCGGCAAGACCGCCUCGUCGCAGUCAUCUCAUUCUCCUCCUACAAGUCGAUUGCAGACAGCAGCCGCUGAAGUUAGAGAAAGACUCGCCGUCGAAGAACAGUUCAACAGCCGUGCUCAAGUUUGGGACCAGAACAUUUGGACGCCUGACUGGGAGUCAAGUCAAGUAUCUGUCGUCGAAACCUUGAGGGCGAUGACUGCAUCCCCAAUCGUGGACGAGUCAAUUAUAUCAUCCGACGAAGUAGAGACAUACUGGGGUAUCUAUUUCAGUCGAUAUCAUCAGACACUACCGAUCCUCCACCAAGCAACGUUAUCUCCUACAACCUGCUCCCCAUUACUCUUGACGACCAUCACUGCGAUCGGCGCGAGCUAUGUCUCCACGACACGCGCACAACAGUAUUUUGUGACAGCAUUUGGUGGUGUUUGCAAUCUAUCUUCAGGGGUGAGUUUCAGGUCAACGCCGACGCAUGGCAGAGUGCGACCUCAAGAGGACAGAUGGGAUGUGAUAACCGCCCUCAGUCUGACGUAUCACCAUAUUGUUCGAUCUUGCAACCACGGAUUUUUGGGAGAUGUACUCUCCGCUCAAGGUCGUGUGUUGAGUUGGGCAAAGCAUAUGGAGCUCUUAACACCCGAGGUCGGCGAGAGAUCGCCUGGCAAAGACAUCCGGACACAUUCAGUGGGUGCGGAAGAUGUGCGGCAAAUCUUGGAAAGCCAGGAUGCGAUGGCUCUGGAAGAUCGAUGGCUCAAUUGGAGCUUAUGCGAACAGCGGAAAAGAGUCACCUGGGCCAUUAUUUACUUGCUAACCUUUACCGUGGCCUUAGGUGCUGCACUACAAGUGCUGCUUGCUCUCCGGCAGCCCACCGAGCGUCGCGAGCCAUGGAAUCAAUUUGCGGAUCCCUUGCCCCGACAAUCUAUGGGAGGCGCCGAAUCCCUCACAAUGGAAAGCGCUAUUUCCUUUCAUUGCCAGCCCGCCACGCGAUCUGCCAGUCCACGGAUUCUUGCGCCAACUACUACAGAACGAGAACUUGGUGAAAGACUCCACAAGGUUCAACCAGAUUAUAGCCGCGUCUAUCCUGGAGAUACUCCUUCAUGA